AUGGUGUUGGAAAACAAACAUAGUCCCGAUAUUGAGGAAAAGAAUGUUGGUUCUUACUCGGGCGGAGACGACUUGACCAGCGCCCUCUCGCGUCACACCCAGGAAUACGACUUGUACGUGGCAAGAUCAACACCCUCAGCCAUCGUCCAGGAAGAUGGCCACCAACUACACCGCUCAUUAAGCGCAAGACACACCUCGAUGAUUGCUAUUGGUGGUGCCUUGGGUACCGGUCUUUUGAUUGGUACAGGAAGCGCACUUAAAACUGCAGGACCAGGCGCAAUCCUCGUGUCCUACAGUCUUAUUGGAUUUGUCGUCUACAUUGUUAUGACCGCAUUGGCCGAACUCAGUUGCUUUAUCCCACUUAAUGGAUUUGCAAACUAUGGUAAAAGAUAUAGUGACGAGGCAUUGGGCUUUGCCUGUGGUUACAUUUACUUGGUCAAAUACCUCAUCUUGCCAGCAAAUCAAUUAACUGCAGGCGCACUAACCAUGCAAUACUGGGUCAGCCGUGACAAGGUCAACCCCGGUGUAUGGAUCACCGUGUUUUUGGUAGUCAUCGUUGUCAUAAAUUUCCUUGGUGUGCGUGUGUUUGGAGAAAUUGAAUUUUUCAUUAGUUCGUUAAAAGUGCUCACAUGCUUGGGGCUCAUCCUACUCUUGUGGGUUAUCGCCUUGGGUGGUGGACCAACACACGAUAGAAUCGGCUUUAGAUACUGGAAAGACCCCGGUGCAUUUAUACCAUAUUACAGUGCAGACAAGGAUCUUCUCAUUGGAGGCGCCAAGGGAAGAUUCGUGUCGUUUGUUGCCAGCUUGAUUACCAGUGUCUUUGCAUACUUGGGCACAGAAUUGGUUGCCAUCACAUUUGCUGAAUUGAAAAACCCAAGAAAAGCGAUCCCAAAAGCCAUUCGCUUAACCCUCUACAGAAUCCUCGUGUUUUACGUGCUUUCCAUCUUGUUUCUCGGUAUGUGUGUUUCGUCACGUGACCCACUCUUGAUGAGUGCCUCGGGAACCAAUGCCGGUGCUUCACCAUUUGUCAUUGCCAUCAAGAAUGCUAGAAUUGGAGGAUUGGACUCAGUCAUCAAUGCAUGCAUUCUCUUGUUUGUUCUUUCUGCGGCAAACUCUGACAUGUAUGUUUGCAGUCGAUCCCUCUAUUCCUUGGCAGCCGAUGGCUAUGCUCCCAAAUUCUUUACCAAAACAAAUAGACUCGGUGUCCCAUACUAUGGUGUCGCAGUCUCAGUAUUGUUUUGUUUAUUGGCUUAUAUGAAUGUUAGUUCAGGAUCUCAAGUUGUGUUUGGUUACUUUGUCAACUUGGUCUCGCUCACUGGUUUAAUUGCUUGGUCGUGUAUUUUAAUUUUCCACAUUUGUUUUAUGAGAGCAUUGAAAGCACAAGGCUUUGACAGAAAGAGAGACUUGGCAUUUAGAUCACCUAUGCAACCAUAUGCAACUUACUUCAGUUUGGCUAUAUGCAUCUUGGUCAUUUUCAUCAAGAACUUUACCGUGUUUUUGGGCGAUGAAUUUGACUACAAAAACUUUAUUACUGGUUACCUCAUGUUGCCAGUGCUGAUUAUCCUUUAUCUCGGAUACAAGAUUUGGAAAAAGACCAAAUGGUUGAGUCCACAAGAAGUGGAUUUGAAUACAUUCAGAGACGUUGUCGAUGCCGAAUAUGAGAAAUUUCAAGCCGAAGAUGCUGAAAGAAAAGCCAUUAGAGAAGCCGAGGGGAAAAGAUUCGACCGCGAAUGGUUUUACGAAAAGUUUCUUGGAUGGAUUUUUUAA